AUGAUACCUCCAUCAUGGCUGCACCUUGCAGAGCCAGCCAUCAAGAGAGUUGGUCUUACUUGUCUUCAUGUUCGUAUUCAACAACUAGUUCUGCGGACAUUCAUUGAUGUCGUCCAGCUCAUUAAUUUCGGUUUCGCCUUUCACCUAUUCAAGGAAAAUGUGGGCGGCCUAUGCUUCAUGGCUGGUCCUUCUAUGCUUCCAACGCUUGACAACAGCGGCGAACUGGUCCUCGAAAGCAUUCUCCCUCAUCGGUUAUUCCCUAAUCAUCUUGGAAGGGGGGAGCUCAUAACCUUGACAUCACCUGUUGAUCCCUCUCGUAUCAUUUGCAAAAGGGUAAUUGGCCUUCCGGGCGAUAUAGUUUGUGUCGACCCGACUGGGCUUAAAGCUCAUUCGACAGAGCAUGUCGUCAUCCCCAAGGGGCACAUUUGGAUUGCUGGUGACAAUGCCGCUUGGUCAAAAGACUCGCGCGAUUAUGGCCCUGUGUCUAUGGCCCUAGUAAGAGGCAGAAUCGCUGCCAGGAUUUACCCGUUCAACCGGUUCACCGUCUUCUCUAAGAACGCAACCCACAUCGAACAUUGA